CCGCACACCGGCCUGCGGGACGCGUCGCACUCUCCGUCCGGGAUGGAGAAAGACGCCUCUGAACCGGACCCAUCCCGCCAGAGGAACGGGGUCGUGGGCGUGCUUUAUGGGGAGUUCACAGACACGCUCAACGACCGGGUCCGGUACUCGGUGAGCUUGACGGAGAGCGCCUUGACGGUCCAGAGGAUCUCCUCGUCCCCCGGCCGGACGAAGAUGGUUUUUAACUUGACAGACUGUAUCGGCUGUCGGGCGUACAGAGGGCCGGACAGCACGGACGUCGGUGCCUACUUCACGGCGUAUUUCUACCCGUUUAAAAGGCGCUGGAUGAGCGCCGGAGUUGCCCGGCAGAGAGUGGAGCAGUGCUUUCGGGUGGCGCUGGUCCAGGACCCGCUCGCGAACCUCCAGGAGGCUGAGAGGUGGGCUCGUGCCAUUAGAGAAGCGUCCGUGCUGCAAGCGCCCCGAAGAGACGGUGAGCAUCAUGAAAACAAGGGGGGUAAUGGUGGUCAAGCAACUUUUCUUUUUUUCUUUUUUUUAACCUCAAAGUCAACACACUGUUCCAACGAAAAGGUAGACAGUUUUAUGGAGAGGUGCAUUAAAUACCAUUAAAGUUUUCUUUUUUCACUCAAAUGACAGAAGACCUCGAUUUUUUUGUUGACAGGAGUGGCCCAACAGAGGGUCUGACUAAAUUAGGGAUGACAUGAAGUAGCUAUAUUCACACACACUUGCUCAUAGCAUUUGUUUAAUCUUUCUUUCCCUACUGCUCUGAGGAACUACUUUGACGCCCAACAUCAAAGUGCCAUAAAAUUUAUAUUCAUCUGCAUAUUUUUUACCUGUCACUUUUUAUCUUGUGAGAGUCACCCCUCAAAAUUGGGGAGGAAGCCUGAUAUUGAACUGUAAUGAGCUACUCAAAAACAAAUUUAUGGAGCAUCAGUAUCAUCACAAGGCCGCCUAAGUUAUGCCGUAAAACCCAGCUGAAGGCGCUUUCAUCGUAACCUGACCAUUGCAUCCAUUCUUAACACUUGACACCAUUAAUAUUGUUUACAGUUUCUCGGGAACUAUACAGUGUAUCUCUAUGGGAUAAAAAGCGUUCAAAAGCGUACCCUUUUGGGGAUCUAUCAAGGGUUUCCAGGCAUUUCUUCACCUGCCACAAGGUUUACAAUCCAGCCACAAAAAUAGGUGUUUGAUCAAAGACGUUUGAUGGUGAAAACAUGAUUAUUUAUCAUAUUGUUGUGAUAAAAAAAAGAUUGCUAUUGCUAAAUGCCGCUAAUGUCUCCCAGGUUCGACAAGCUGUUUUGAUGACAUCUUUUUCUGUCAAACUUUUGAUCAAUUACAUGGUCUCAUAUUCUUCUUUAUUGUUCCCUUGGCGGUAGUGUCCAAUAAGAGGCAACCAAAGAUCAACAAGAGACAAGGAAGUUCCCUGCGUGUCUGCAAAAUAAGAAAUAUUGGUCCUCAAUGCUUGGAAACAAGCCAAGAAGUGAUUAUGUCUCAUCCUAGACAGGAACUGCUUCAAGGAGUGGCAUAAACAACUGUAAACAGCAAAAAACAUCUAGAAGAAUUUGUGUGAAUAUGUAAAUAGUUUCUGUUGUGUGUUCGUUCCAAUCCCAAUAUUUCUUCUCCUGGUAGCCAAGACUUGACAGAAUGAUGUGCAGGUGAGAAAAGGGUUGGUCACUGUAGAUUUAUGUGUUUUUUGAGCAAAGUACUGUUGGUAUCAAUUUCCCCUUUUUUUUGCGGUUGACUUUGAUGGUUCUGACUCUCCUCUCACAUUCAUUUUAUAUAAUUUUUGCACCCAUAAACUGACAGCUGAGGUUGUCCUGUAUAUAUUUGCUGUGCUCGAAAGGAUAGAGUUUCUACAUAGAUUUUUACAAAACAAAAAAACAAAAAGCACAGGUGGACCAAAAAUAGCAAAAUAUAGCUGGGAGUUCUCAGGGUUAACCUCUGUAAAUAAUUAGAAGGAUGAGCCACCCCAAUAAUAAGGGCAAAGAUAGGACUGUGUGUCGAUCUCUAACAAGUCAGUGUAGGAUUUUUUUUGUGGCACUGGGGUGGCCAUUUAGAUUUUAAGGGGGUAUGCCACCCUUCAGACACGCCCCUGCUGUAGAGUAAGCCAGUUUGACGUCAGCUCAUAGCGUGUCUCUCCUUUGAAGUAACAUAACUGAACCUCCACACUGUACCUUUCUACCCUCAAAAACAGGUUUUACAGAGAGGGUGCACACAUUCCUGUAGCUCUCAGUAACCUGCUCUACCUGCACUGAAAGGUGAUCAACCUGCCAGCAGUAAUUACAGCUGCCUUAUUCAUUCCAACGGCCCACAUGAGAGGGAUGAAUCUGGAUCUGGAGUCUUAACACACCAACACACACACAAACACAAACUCACAAAACUGAUCACUUAAGUAAUUAGAUUUUGUACUGAUCCUCUGUCAGCACAUAGUGUGUAGCUGCUGCUCAGGCUUCAUUAUUCCUGCUCUGUUAAAAUCCCACUGAGAGUUUAUUGUUGAUGUGAGUACAAAAAAAAAAAAAAAACCUCCAAAACAAAGACUUCUGUUUUUGUGUGCAGCUAUGUCUAAUUAGGUCUCAGCGUGUCUCGCUCUGUUUAAAAAGCAGACUGUCCUCAGGUUCCUUUGUCUUUCAGUCUCAUUAGCCUUUCUGGGCUGCAUCUUGGUUCACAACCAGAGUCAUUAACAUGAAUACAAUAUGAAGCGUGUUUAUGCAGCUGAUUACUCCUCAUUCAGUAAUUUGGGAAGAAGAGAUGAUGAAGAGACAAAGCUGUUUUUUGGUCCCAACAUGAGGAUUUGUGUUCUGCUGUGUUAGACUGGGUAAUAUCAUGAGAUGUUAGGACACAGUAUUUUUCCAGCGUUAACAGGUUGAGACAUCUGUAGCAGUAUCGAUAUCCACCAGAGUAUCAGUAUUGGUGCUUGCUGAAAAAAAUCCAACAUCGAUUUGAUAACUGGCUGAAAGCAAUUACUAGUCUGAUAUAAGUAGAUCCAGUGUUGAUGGACAGGCGUUCAGUAUGUUGACAUGCACAGUUAAGUCAAGCUUCAGCCAUAGCUCGAUUAGGUGACUUAACCAUAGACUGUAUGGACGCCGUCUGUCUACUUGCUGGGUGAAGCCACCCCAAGAAUAGAACAGCACCCUCUGGUGACGGGCUGCAGUAUAGGUCAUUAAUCCCGCCUCCACCAGUAAAGCUUAUGAGGCUGUGGACAAACUUUAGAAAUUUAUUACAAGGGACACAAUUUUUUUCUCCUCCCGGUUGUGAUGUUGACAUGUAGCUAUUGUAAGACUGGUUUGUGCUCAAGUCCUCAUUUUUUUUGUACAGCUCCUUUUUUAAAAGUUAUUCGGGGGUUCAUGUUUUCUAUGAUUGACAUCCACGCUGUUUGAGCCGAGCGUCAUCACAGUGACUCUUGGCGACUCUGCUGCCGAACGUGCACAAUGCUACUACGCAAGUGGUGGAGUGCGUACAAAGUGACUGCACAAUGUUGGCUUCAGGAAAUGGAGAGAAAACACAGAAUUACAGAGAGCUUUUUAGCUUCAAAUCUGUAUACUGGCGGAAAGCGGAACCAAGUUGUCCGUAGUGUAUGCAGUCUAUGGACUUAACUAGACUGCUGUCCUUGUCCUUGUUUACAUGGGCUGGAAAGGAAUCAAAUUAUCGACAGAAGCAUGUCCACCUCUGCUACAGCACACGGUAACAUGCCUCCUUUCAGCUUGUUAGUAUCAGUUUGUCUCCCGGCUGAUGUAUUAUGUGUCAAAACAGCUGGCCAAACACAUGAGAAGGAAGCUAACAGGAUGAAAACACUGUCCCGUUUGUUGAACGUUUCAUCUUUUCUAUGUAAUUUCUUCAUCAGGCGCAUCCAUGCUUUUCAACCUCUGUUUGAUUGAACACACUUAUUUUUACUGUAAAUGCCCAUCAGUUUCAAAUCUGUUAUGAGAGCAUUGACUGUUUUUUGCUGAGGUGACUUGCAGGCUUUUACAAGUAUGCCUGCCAAUACCACUGGACUUUAGUAAUAUCCUUUCUCUCAUAAAGAAGAGUUCAGUGCGUUUAAAAUAAACAGCAGACAUGUUUGCUCUCCUGGGCAGCCAUAGCAGGUCUGAAAGGGGGGGAAGCGGAUAUUUGACUGGACGGUGACUAAUUUGGAAUGCUGGUUGCCAAAAGAUGGAGGUACGUGUUAGGAUGGCCGGGGUUAGAAAGAGGGCUGUCCUCUUGUUAGCAGUCUCCUGGUGUAUAUUUCAAACAACAGGAGAUGAAUACAGAGAGAGGAGAGAGGUUUCUGUGGGAUGAGGAACAUCCAUAGCCUCAGCAGGAGUUUGGGUUUCAGGGCCUAUAGCAGAUGGUAACCUGAGAGCUACCCCCCCAUCCACACACACACAUACACACCCGUCACUGUCCUCCUCCUGGACUCAUCAAAGAGCCCCAGCUUGGGAGGUUUUCAGAUCACACAUGCUAAUGAACUAGCUAGCCAACCAACAGAUUUUCCCCUUUUUUGCCUCUACAGCGUCUCAGCCGUGAUGAGAUCAUAUCAUUAAUUUAUAAGCUCGUUUUAGCAUUCUACAUCCAGCCCAGCCAAUAAUACAGUAUUUAACAGAAUAUAUUAUGGGAUUUAAAUGAGUAAUGUUGUGGUAAUAGAUGCAAACCCAAUUGCUGCCUCAUAGAGGGUGUUUGAAAGUCAGCAUGAGUCGCUAAUCCCUUAUAGAGUAUUUACCCCCGAAGUUAAUUGCAUGGCAUCUCAUCUGGCAUUGCAGAUGGAAAGGUUGGAUUAAAAGUGCAAUUGCAUUGGAAGAUUGCUGUUUCAGUCAGAGUGCUAUAUCACGGUGACGCACUUUAUCUGAAAUCUGUGAAAGUUCACAAUGAGGUAGUUUACUGUCAUUUAGUUUGGGUGUUGAAUUCACACCAGGGUUUUAUUUUUACUGCAGGUUUCGUUAGAGGGAAUGAGCCGUAAAUAAUGAAGUGCAUACACUAUGAUACAGCCCCGCACACGCUAAUGGUCUGCAGAUUCUGCUGAGAUCCACAGUGAGAUUGCAUGCAGAGGAGUGAGAUGAUGGUUACUCACUUUGACUUUUUCUACCAGUGGCUGCCUCCAGAGCUAUUGGCUGUGUCACUUUCUGCUUUUCAAACAGCUUAUAGAGGGCAAAUGACAGAUUCAGCACAUAACCAUUGGAGAUUUUUGACAUCUUUAGGCUCCUGUUUCCUGCAUGAUCACGAUUGCAUUAUUGGUUGUGUUGAUUCUUACAGCUAUUUAUAGUAACUUUAUGAUUUUGAGAAAGAGUUUAAGACAUAUAUGGCAAAGGUACAAGGAUUGGACCUCAACCAAAAAGGCCUAAAGAUAUAAACACAGAGCAAGCAAGACAAAAAUAUAUAUAUUAAGAACUGGUUCCAACUUAAAACUGGUUUUGACUUUCUGAGAUUUUUUGAGCCGAUAAGCCACGUUAAUGUCAGCUCAUGUGGCUUAUCCACCCUUUGGCCCCUGAUAAGGCUAUGAAUCUUUCAGGACUGAACCUAAGUGAGAGUUUUGCAGUCCACAGAAGUUGCACGAAUCUGUCAGGACCUGCUGUGUCAAUGUAAUGUUCAGUCAUUUUAGAUGCAGAAUGUCACCUAAAUUGUGAAGGCAGCAAGUUACGGAAACUUUCACUAAACCUAAAAACAUGAUAAUCACAUCUAAUCACACCAGGCAUUGACCUGAAUAUAGAGUAAUAAUGAGGGAAUGACUUACCACACUCAAGCCUAAAUCAUUUUGAUCUACAGUUACUUUCUAGGAGAAGCUUAAAGCCCCUACAAGGAACAUUCAGUUUGUGUCCAUUUUGGCGCCCCCUGUGGCUAAAGUAGUCUCUGAGUAGUGACUUUUGGCAUAAAAAAAUUAAUUUUGGGUUGAAUUUUGACAGUCAAAUAUAUCGUUUGCCGUAAAUAUUUUGGGGGAAAACACAGAGCCAUUUCCUCAGAUCCUCAGUGGACACCUUCCCCCUUGCAACAGUGUCAGGCAUUCAAAAUUAAGAAAAAAAAUAGCGUCAAUCUUGUCAUGGAUGGUCUUGUUUGCUUUCGUAAAAGCAAGGGCUGAGGUCUCAGAUUGAUGUCCCAUUGAUUAUUGUCUUCUUCAAGGCUGACCCAGAAUGCUCAGUUACACUUACUAGCAUGUGUGACUGCGUCAUGGGAAAAUCAUGCCCAGCGGCAGCUAACAUAAAUGAUUGGGUGAGAUAAUCAGCUCGAAUUGCUGAUUGUUAAUCCAAAGAGGCCAUGAUUGGCUCUGGUGCUACAUUUGAGAUUGAGAUUGGGAUUAAAGCAGUCUUUGGAAACCUAAAUGGCCCUUAUGGGAUUUAUAGAAGGGAUAGGUGAGAAUAAGCCUUCAUAGUAAUACAUGAGUGUACAUACUUAAAUGCUACUAGGUCCCCACAAAAGAGAUAUUUGAAGAGCUUUGAAGUGGGUUUGUGACGCUGUUUUGGGAGUUACGUUGGUUUGAUCUUACUAAAACAUUGUUUAAAGGUGACCAAGUUCACCCUUGAAUAUUGCAAAUCCCUGCGAGCUAUUCCAGUGCAGAUGUGACCAGGAUGCUAGCGGGGACCACGUACGAUGGGGUAACACAGUUGCUGGAGGGUGGAAAGAGGUGAGCGCUGUGGUCUGUGCAAGGUCAGGUGUGUGUCUGUCAGAAUGUGAUCCCCCCUCCCCAGAGAUUUUUACUCGCUUCCUCAGAGUGGGAGCACUACAAUGAGUCACCAGACGACCCCUGACCCUGACGGGCGUCUCCAUCCCUGAGGAGUCUUUGUCCCCUGCUUGGUGACACGCGCCUGUGAUGGCCUGUCAACACUCGUCUCACCCUCCUCCCAGUCUGGUGAUGCAUCAGAUGUGAGAUUUUUCACUCGUCCUGCUUCCUUUUCUUCCUCUCUCCAGAAACGUUGGAAUGCAGCUUGUUUGCAGACACGUCAGUCUAGCCUGGAUGUGAGUUGACUCUAGAAGAAGAGGAUAGCUUUUUUCACAGUUUAAUAAGAGCCAAAGGAAAGCACAACAUCCUCUGCUCUGUACUGAGGAAUUCUCACAAGUAUCUGCGUGGACCUUUUUCACCUGAGGGUUCUGUAUUCUCAGGACGACUGUUUAGUCACUGUUUAAGAGCGGCAAAAAACUGACCAAUUAAGCCAACCUAGUUUUUAGGCUUUGUGUUUGUUUUCUCUACUGUUUGUUUUCCUGAGGUUUUAAAUGUGAGGGAUCAACUUUAAACACAAGAUACUUGUGCUCUAAUGAAAAGGAUAAGCACUCAGUGGAAAAAACUUCAUCCCAUUACACUUCUAUCCCAAUAUUUACACUCCGCUGAUACGUUGCAUAACCUACCAUGUGGCCUGUAAUGCUUCCCACAACCCAAACAGGAUGAGAGAUGGAGAUAAAUUGGCAGUGAAAGCCAGUGCAUCACCAGUGUUAUCAAGUGAACACCUCUUUUCAACAAUGGUUUGUUUUGCCAAGUAAGGCCCACAGCACCUCAUGGACUUCGGGGUAACUGUUGUACAACAUUUACUUAGAGUGUCCCCGAACCAAACAGACUGAGUUGAGCCUAUUUGGGCAAAGAGAAAGGCUCUACCUUCCUCUACUCCAGGGCUGGGUGAUAUGGGAAAAAGUUUGUCACAAUAUAUCUUAUUCAUAUCAGUCUAGAUAUAUCACGAUAUAAAAAAAAUGAAAUUUAACAGUGCUUAUUGGUAGCAUGUAUUUGCAAUACAAUAAGUUGCUGCAUCUGUGAGGUCUUUGCGUCUCUUUGACGUUUUGUCGUAAGGCAUUGCAAUAGAGAAAGUGAAAUGGUCGGCUGUUUCAGCUGCACAAGUGCCGUGGGCUCCUUGCUCCACUCGGGGUUUAGAACCUUUUGCAUUGCGCGUGCUCUGCCAUGUGGCACCACUUUGGGUGGUGAAAAAGAUUUGAGGAUAUUCCCCGACUUUGUGAGGACAAGUACUCGACAUAAUUUGCAGUGCACAUUACUCUGCUUCAUGUUCAACCUCAAAAAAACAAAAAAACCCACACUCCUGACGUUUUCGUGCCAGUGUUAUCGACGAUGUCAUCAUCUGUUUGCAUUUCUGCCAGGGGUAGUACUCCUUUUCUUUUUUUUCUGUUGAGGAGCUAUGGUUGCGUGUAGCUUUUUGGGGGUGAGGGUUUGACCUUAAAGGGUCGGGCUGUACGCUCUACCUCUCCCUACUUUACUUGAACAAGGGAAGAGAGAGAGAAAAAAAACAGAAGUGAAGGUUGAGAGAUGUUGGAAAGAAGAUGGGAACGAUAGAACUAGGAUGAGAGUUUGGGCUAGAGAUCAACCAAGCCAUGCUGAGGUGUAUGCUCUACCUCCCCCUACUCCCUCACUUUAACAAAGAAAAGGAGUGGAAAAGAAAGAGUCAUGAAAGAGAAGUGCAUGUCAGGAGAUGCUGGAGAGAAGAUGGGGAGGAAAGGGGCCAGGAUAAGUAGCCUGUUUAGGGUAGAGCUAACCCCUACCGGGCUAGGCUGUACACUCUGCCUCCCCUUACUCUCUUUAAAAAAGAAGAGAGGAGGUAGAAACAAAGAAAAGUGCAUGUUGAGGUAAGAAAUAAGAGGCCAGGAUGAGAAACCUGUUCAGCCUGGUUAGGCUGUACGCUCUACCUCCUCUUCCUUCCUGCUUUUACUGAAGAAGAGAAAGAGAUUUGAGCAAUUUUUUUCACCUCUAUCUUAUUUUCUAUCAUAUCAUAUCUAUUCAACAUCCAGGGUUUCACCAACUACAAAAAGGACAACAUUUCAGCUUCACUCCGCUAGGGGAGGUAGUUAACCUUGGCUGUGGUGAGCAGCUAAAAGCCCUGGGAAAAUCUGCUCAGCAUUAAUACAUACGGAAGUUGUUAAUUGAAAAAAAAACCACCAACUCUAGGGUGAAGUGUUGGGUAGGAAUAGCUGUACCAAAGUACAUCAAGAAUAGAUCUCACAGCAUACAGCUCUCAUUCUUUCUGCGUAUCCAUCACAAACUGACUGACUGACUGUGACUUUGAGCUUGACAGCCAGUAAAAUUCAGCAGGCACGAAACGCUAGAUGUUAUUUUUGAAGUCUGGUAUUCAAGUUGGCACUCGGCAUUGGAGGAUUUUGCAAAUUCAAUCAUCAGAAUCACAAAAGAAGAAGUGGUAUCAGAGUUCUCAUCUUCCCUUCAAUCUGACGCCUCCUGUUGAGACGCCAGAGAGAGAACACUGCACCAUUAUCAAGUAUUUUCAAACAGUCAGCUUGGUGAUACACUUAGCAGGACAGGAUGUCAGAUAAGUGCUUGUUAGUACGGACAUAUUGUCAUGCCUGGUCUACAUCCUGUUCCUCACCUGCCUGUGUGUUUGUGUGAGUUACUGUGAAAUACACACUGGGGUUGAAAGUUUGUGAUGGACAGGAUCUGCACACAGAUAUUUGAAUUCUCAUCAUGGGUUGAUUUCACACCCAGACACACACACACACUCUGACCAACUCUGCAUCUGUUUGCCUGUCACGCAAAUUUUCACACACAGCUCCGGGGAAAAUGUCGAGACAUACAGUCGUUUUUUAAGAGAGAGUUUGGGGCAUUUACAGAUUUAACUGCCUGAACAUUGAAAAAACUUGAAAAGACUUGAAAAGACAUUACGCUCAUGGCCUGCCAGAUUCUUCUGCUUUUACUCCCUUGAAGAAUUAUAAUAAGUCUCAUAGCUGCUCCAUAAUUUUAUUUACUAGUUUCACUAAAUUGUUUGCUUGUUGAGGUCUGAAAGCAAAGAUUAGAGAAAAGUCGGACUACCUGUUUAAUUUUUUCUCAUUCCUGUCCUCAGAUUAAACUCAUUACCCCUAACGCUAUUCCCUUAUACUGUACCGUGAGUUUGGGAUGUAAUGAUGUGAACUUAUGUGCUCUAUAAUGCUCACAUAUAUUAAUGAAUAUAAAUGUUGCUGUUUAAAUCUUACACUGUUUAAUGCAGCUUUAGGUAUUGUUCUGAACAUUCAUAAAAGGUGCUAAAAUAUGCAGAGCAAGGCCGUCAUUUGUGUUUACACCCACUGCCAUGGCAACCCAGCUGCCAGCUGACCGGGACUGCUGCAACCCUUUGAUAAAAAAAGAUUUUGUGCUUUGUUUAGAGGAAGAAACACUAGGCUGUUUUUCCUCAAUAUCAAUCAAAUAAUCAAUGAGUAUGAUUUUUGCAAUAAUCAAGCAGCUUGAGUCGAGCGUUACAAAAUGAUGUUGAACAGAGCUCCAACCACAACCACUGCUGCCAUGUGGCAGGUGGCCGUGUUGUGUCUAAGCAGCAUUUCAGGCUCACAGUACUUAAGUUAGCACUUCAGGUUUACAAUACUUAAGUAUUUAACACCUGAUUAAACCCACAAUCCUGCCAGGUCUGCUGCCAGCUGGCAAGGUUGGCCAUCUUUAUUUAUUUAGUCGACAAAACGUGCUCAUCCUUAAUCGGCAUGUCAAUAUUUUGACCUCGCCAGAGCUUCUGAAGUGGGAAUAAUGACUUACAUGACAUAUAUUACAUGUAAGAUUCACAUUCAUGGUCCUGUUUACAAAACACAAAAAAAUUGAGAUUAUGUAAUGUUGUUAGUUUUGGUUGGAUAAAUGCACUUUGGACCGUGAGCUGCUUGCGUAUAAUCAAAGUUUCAUAAUCUAGUAAUCCCUUCCCAAACAAAUAAGAGGCUAAGAGCAUUUCUUUCAAAGAUAAAUUGUACGUGUGCAGAGAAUGAAAUCUUAGUUUUAUAUUAUGUAAUUAUAUAAAAUAAUAAAUAAUACUAUUCAGUCAGAUGUCCAUACAGAUAUUGAGUUAAUUCAACAGAAGGAAAAAAUGUAAAGUGUGAAAAUCCAAAACCAAAUCAAGUUUUUCUUUUCUUUUAAAAUUUUCAAUAUAAAGAUUAAUCUAGAAUAAGAAUAGUAAAUAAUUGACCUUUUCUCACAACUCUGCCUGUAUUCAUCCAAAACCUUUCUUCCUCACUAGAAUAUAGAGAUUAAGCAGGAAACAUCUCCAAGACUUGUGCAUAUUUUAAUCAUAUUAACAUUGAUUUCCUUGCAUGACUAGGAAAUUUAAGAGCACUCCUCCAGAGUAGAACAGCAUGGCUGUAGCAUAAAAAUCCCCAUACACUGAUUUCUUUUCACAUCAGUACUCAUUAUCCUCCUAAAAUCUCUUAAAAAGGAAGAGGUGUGUACAGUGGUUUAGAUGUCUGCAGUUAUGCAGGCUAUGCGUCACUGUGGAAAGCUGGUUCUGGGUGUGUGGCGAGAAGCUUUUGUGCUUGAAAGCCACAUUGUCCCCUGACACGAGAGGAAAAACAAUGGUAACCUGUGUGCUGAUGAACAGUGGCAGAUUUUGGCAUCUGCCUGUGUGUUUUCACACUCUCACCUCGCUUCUACGUCUGGGUUUGCACCUCUUACUCUGAUAUAUUUUCAUACCUAUGUGGUGUCCUGUCAUCACGGGCUGAAUGAGGUGGAGGCUGGCAGUCACAGUAAGAUAUCACAGAAGAAAAACGCUCAGACAGAAGCAGGUUGUGUCUGUUUGGAUGCAGUUUGCGUCUAUGGUGGUUCAGCAGCCAAAUAAUUGGGUUGAAAACUGACCUGGGACUUCCUGUCCUCCAGAGCAGAAACAGCUUUGAUUUUCUGUCCUUUCCGAUUCAUUUGAUUUGGUCUCAGGAGAGUUUCUGUCUGCUGGAAAGGUCAUGGGCUUCUGCUUUAAAAAAAAAAAAAAAAUCUACCUCUACUGUAAACUUAACUCUCGCCCGGUUUCCUCUGUUUUUGGUGCCAUCCAGGACUGCAUAACCCACAUUCACAUAAUGGUCAUAUUAAGCAUGAAAGGCUAAAGAUGUGUGCAAUGAGAAAACUUUACUAACCUGUAUCACUGACAGCUUCUUAAUUGACAUUUUCAUUCUGCCGUAUUGUUUCUAGGUAAGACAAAACCUUUACUACUGUGUUGCUAACUGCCUUAUACACUUGGUAAAUGCCAUAGAUUGUAUAUAGAAUAUACAUAUCCUGUAUAUAAAUGCUAAAACUCGCCCAUAUGAGGUAGCUGUCAGUGGGAGAAACUUAAGGAUUGAUCAAAUAGGCUGUAAUGACACAAUUGUAUGAAUAUCUGUGAUUUUAUUAUCUGAAAGCUUAAACUAAGUGAUUCAAAAUCCCAGCCUGAGAGUUACAUUGGUAAAUGGCCAUAGUGUGAAAAUGGCUAAAUAAGUAAUUUAACCUAUCCUUACUCAUAAUAUGACUUUAAAUUAAUUAGUUUUUAAAAAUUGAACUAAAUUAUUUACAGCUCAUUAAAGCUAAAUUCAUUGUAUAAGCUCUUAAUGCAGUUAAAUUAAGUGAUCUAAUCAAUAAUACAUGACAUCAAUUUUUGCAGCCAUGUCUUGGUUUGUUAAAUCUGUUUUGUAAAAGGUUCAUGGUUUAUGCGGUGCUCCCGUGCCAAAACUGUUGCUGAGUAACAUCCUGGUCCUGGAGCUUCACUUUUUAGCCUGGCAGCUGUUCCUGGAUUAAACCAGCAGGAUUAAUUGUACUUAAAUGCUAAUGAGAGAGUUUAAAGGUUAGGAGUAGGAUUUUUUUUUUUUUAUCUUUGGACAGAAGCCGACGAGCUGUUUCACUCUUGAUUUGAUUGUUGAUAUCAAACCAAACAGACUUACUGCUGUGUGUGAUGGCAUAUUUAAAACAGAUGAUCCCUAAAGUGACGAGCUUUUCCUCCCACAGAUACACGGCUCACUUCAAACCCUUGAUUUGAUCCCUUGUUUUUUGAUCGGUCAAGUGUCAUCAAGCUUAAUAAUAUCCUGAAUUGCUCCCAUCCUGAGCAAAUGAAGAGUUUUCAAUCCAUUACUCAGUCUUUCUCUGAUCCAUAUAAGCAACAGGAGGAUUUCCUCGCGGGGCUUAAUACAAUUUCAUAGAAUUGCUAUAAAUAAUCGCUAUGAUCCUGACUAAGGCUCUCAUAAGCCCUCCCUCCUAGAAGAAAGCAGCCCGUCACAUUAACAUUAAACACUGUCUAUCCGAAUGCUGUCACAGUCUAUAUCUUCAUUCUUUCAUGUUCGUUCCUCCCCUGAGGGGUGAACCUGUCCUUAUACAUUCUUGGGAGUAUUUGUUCAUGCAUAAGAAGACCUCCCAUGUCUUCCUGCUUCAUACCCGUCCUCACAUCCACCUCUCUCUCUCUUUGUCUCAGGUGUAGUGUACGGGGAGGUGUGCCGGCCUUGCAGAGUCAUGAUUCUGGUGAACCCUCACAGUGGACGCGGACAGGCCCUGCAGCUCUUCACAGGCCACGUGCAGGGCAUGCUGACCGAAGCUUCUGUUCCAUACACACUUGUCAUCACAGGUCAGUCAGACUAACGCACACCUUUAUAGUCCGUGUAAUUAGCGGCGAUUCCUCUAAAAGGUCACCCUGACAUGGAAAAAGGGUUAAAGGGAUUAAACCUUCAACACCAGUAUGGAUCAACAAUACUUACAACCAAGCCAUUCUGCUUCUUAAUCUCUCACCUUGGCCUAGCUUACAGCUGGUAUUUAACUGAAUCCCCAAAUGUGUCACCACAAAUCACUUACACUGACAUUUCACGUUUCCCUCUAUAUGCAAAUACAGACUUUGAGCUGCUCACAGGCUACACGCCUCACUCAGGUCUAGACACCUUUUUGCUUUUUUUUCCUAAUUUUCCAUCACCCAGCUCUGGAUUUUUAAUUUACCGAAUCCAAAUUAAAAGUCAAUAUCUCAGUAUGAGGCAUGAUUUGUCCCAGAUCAGACUGUAAUGAAUACAGUAAUGUUUGCAAAUGCUGGGAAUGAGAUUUAAAAUGUUAAAGCCUGUGGUGAUUAAAUGAGAUAGAAGAAAUAAUCACAGAAAACAAAUAAGCAUUAAAUUAGAUUAAAAGAUAUUUAAGACAUCAUACUAUAAUUAUUGUAAGACAAACCCUGAGUCGUCUUGCUCACUUUGGUCUUACACAGGCUGGUGUUUGUGGGAUUCUUCUCUAACAGUGGCCUGGAGGUUUCAGACAACACCCAUGCAAAAAAAAAAAAACACUGCAAAUGAGAGUGUUUCUAAGAGACUGUUAUCCCUGAUGGAAGAGAUUGUGAAACUAAGUGUUGUUGUUGCCUUGAUUUCAUUGUAAUUGCAUGAUAUGGAAGAUUUAAAGUUUUUCUUCUUUUUCUUAUCUUUUUAAUGUUAACCUGUUUUGAAGUUCAUGCAACAAAACCUCAUCCAUGACUUUAAAGCUCCUGUGAGGAAUUUUAUGACUUAAAUGAAAUAGACUGAAAUUCAUAUUAAUGCAUUUUUUUGAUAUGCAAAAGCAGACAAGACCAUUGACAAGUUUGAUAGAUUUAAUGUUGUGGUUUUAAAACCCUUAAACUAGUAAAAGUGGGUAGGUGUCAGCUGAGCAGGGAGGACAAGAUAAGCAAAGCCAACUUUGUCCAUAGGGGGCGCCAAAAUUAACUCAAACAUAAAAUUUCUCACAGGAGCUUUACAUUUAAUGUAAUCUGAGACACUGGUGAAAAACUGGCAAUACUUAACCUGUUUGAGUUUUUCAUCAAUGCUGUUUUUCUUAGCAUCAUAGACGUGCCGUUUGUCUAAGACUCACCUGCCACUGUAUUGAAAUCAGGUGAAGGGUUAAUGGAUAGAGCGGGAAAUAACGUGGCUAUCAGAGUAAAGAAGGAUUCAAACUCAUAUUGUGGCACAAUAUUGUGCUCAAGCAUAUGGUGAUUCUCUGUAACUGGCUGAUUCAUAGAGUAGGUGCCACCUACUGAGAAACAAAGGGGAGACCAUGAAGCAAGCAGCAGAGACUAGCAAUCCAGUAGAGGUCUGGGUGUCAGCGCCAGGCUUUCCACUGCUCCAAAUGUGCAAAUGUGUAACCAACUUGAUGCUUUCCAGUGAUUGUUUCAUACAAGCCUAAAUGCUUAAAGGGAUAUUCUGGCUUAAAAUUAAAAAAGGGUCAAACACACUGUAACAUCGAGGUAGACACCCCCUCGAGAGAUGAAUGUUGCCGACCGCUUGCUUCUCUAGUUUUACCAACUUUAGUAACAACCACAGGAUGGCAAUACACAGCCGUCUGAGGAGCCAUAUACAAACCUCAACCAAAAAGCCACUCUAUAGCCACAAAUAAUGCUCAGAACAGCACCUAACUUCAUCAACAGUACAUAUAGGGUCCCAGCCACAGCACUAGCCACCAAACAUUUUUUUUUGCUUUGCCUAAUUUCUUUAACAAAGAGACUAAACACAACUCACCUACUCUCCUCCAGCAGCCGCUUGUUUGUAACGAGACCUCAGGCGAGUCCAUCACUGACUGCAGUGGGGUGAAGCAGCGUAAUGGACUGGCCUGAGGUCUCGCUACAAACAAACGGCUGCUGGAGGAGAGUAGGUAAGUUGUGUUUCGUCUCUUUGUCAAAGAAAUCAGGCAAAGUUAAAAAGAUGUUUGGUGGCUAGUACUAUGGCUAGGACCCUAUAUGUACUGUUAGGUGAAGUUAGGUGCUGUUCUGAGUAUUAUUUGUGGUUAUAGAGUGGCGUGACACAUCCUAACUCGAUGUUACGAUGUGUUUGACCCUAAAUGAAUUUCACGCCAGAAUAUCCCUUUAACAUGCAAGUCGGUGCAUCCACUGAUCCACAUCAAAUAUCAGUCUCUGCAGCUCCUCUGCAUUCAGUGUGAGCUGCUGGUGGCCUUUUUGUGACCUUAACUAUGUCGUGUGUUGGAAACUGUCAUCAGAGGCUCUGAACUCUGAGAGGCUUUUUUUUUCAAUCCAAACAAGCUGUCGGUAAACAGCGAUGGAACCGUGUCGAGUGCACACUCUAGGAGCUCGACAUCCCCAGUCUCAACCCUGAUUGACAGGUAGCAUUAGCAUAUCAGCUGUCUUUCAGCUUCAGCUCAGGGGUGCGUGAAUCUGAUUCCUGCUGCAGCUCAGAGUGAUGAAAUGAGGGCAAAUUCAGAGAGCAAAAAAGAGGACGAACUGAUUAUGUGCGUCUUUGUACUGGAAAGAGUUUUGAUGUGCAUGCGGGCUCUUUUUGAUGCUAAAAAGAAGGUCAGCAGCUGGUCUUGGUGGAAAAAAGACGGAGUAAUGACAGUCUAAGAGGGGGAAUAUAGGUCACUUCAGUUGUUAGAUAGGAUUGUGACUAUGAGUGAUUGACUGGUGGGACUCAUAUCACUCACCAGGCUCCUUGAUCCCUCAGCCUUUGCCUGAGGAAGGACAAGCACCCAUCGCCGCGCCUCUUGUGUCAGCAUGUACCCUUUACAUACUGUAUGAAGCACCCAGUGUACCAAGCUUGAUCUUCACCCUGGUUAACCUCAGAAGAUGAGGCACAGUGAGGAGGACGCUCAGUACAGAGUGAAAAAAAGGUGGAUUUCAUUUUCAAGGUUUUUGCCUCUAAAAGUGUAAUUACCGGCUACAAUCUGUGCCGUUUAGAGAAAAAUCAAUAAAUCAACAGCUGUGCGAUGAGAAAACCUGAACUCGCCUCUGUCUUGAGGUUUCAGGCUGACGUGUGUGUGUUUGCGUUUGGCAGCAGCCCCCCUGAAUAAGGAAGCGGCCCGGGAAGCGAAGCAUCAGGCCAGCUUACCCCCCCGUCAGCUUAAAAGUGCUGAGUCAGCUCUUUCUCUCUCUCCCCUUUCCUCUGCCUCUGUCUGUCAACACAGCACUGCAUCACCGCCUCCAGCCUCCCGAGCACACACACAAGCGAAAAACAAACAGCAGCAACAACACAGGGAGCACCGCUGGGAGAAAAAAGAGAGAGAGAGAGAGGACAGGUGGAGGAUGAGCAAAGUGGAAAGGAAGAGGAGGAUUUUAUCUAGGUUGUGUUUUCGAUCAAUACUUCAGCCGGAGUGGGAAAUAUUUCCUCCAUGAAGGCCGUGCAUGAAUAACUUCUUCCUCUUUUCGCUGCUGUCUCUCCAGCACACACACAAACAAACAAACACGCAGCGCCUCACAGGGGAGUCUGGACUGGCAGGACUGCAGACUUUAAUGCUUGCGGUAUUGGCCCACAGAGACUCCAUGUGGAGGGACCCACUCAGGGACGCUGGCAAUAAAACUAGGCUGAUAAUGCAGCUCGGUCCUCCACCAGUGCAUUAACCAACAUGUACAUGCGCACACUUGACACUCACAUGCGCACACUCUGACGGUCACAGAUGUUUGCAUGGCGGCUAAGCUGCCUCAGAGCUGUUGAGUAGCCACUGGAUGGGCUAAUGUGAUAGUGGAAAUUGAAUCUCUUUUCGGGCCUAAUCCCUCUGAUCCUACCCCAGAGGCUGACCACAAAUCUGUUUGUGCCUUUGUUAUUAUUUUUGGUACACAAAAUCAGUGUUGGCUCUUUUUUUUUUGUUUGUUUUCCUCUCAUCUUUAUCCAACCGUCUGUCUUUUAGAGCACCAGAACCACGCACGGGAGGUGGUGAAGAAGGCCGAUCUGUCACAGUGGGACGCCCUGGCUAUCAUGUCUGGAGAUGGGCUGCUGUUUGAGGUGUGUUGACUGAAUUCAUCCAGCUUCUUUUGGUUUCUUACUGAGAUAAAAAGGAUGAAAUAAAAGAAAACAGAGAUGCUAUAAAUUAUCAUCAUUUGAACCUACAGGAUGAGGAAGCUCAGGGACUGAUUGGAGCUCUUGAGGUUCUGCAUUUGGCUGCAGCCAUCUAUGGGCCUGAUCGACUAAGAGCCAAAAUAGCGAGCGCUAAAUGUGCAAACUGAAAAAAUACAAACUGAAAAAUUGCACAUGCUAUUAGUGGGCAUGUUGUGGGUGAUCUACUAUCAUUGCGUGCGCAGUUGAUAUUAGGAGCAAAAGUGGUGCGGACCGCCCUCUUUAAACAAGUAUUUUGCGUGUGCUAUCGGCCAUCACCAUGGAGUGACGGUCAGUGUCUGUUUUCAUAUUGCAUCAGUUCUCCAUUAUACAAUUUUACUUACAUACCACUGAGUAUCAAUGUUACAGUUGAAUUUUUGAUUAAAUGCUAACAUUAUCUCUAUUCUGAUGUUAGCUCAUGGACCGUCAAACCCGAUCUCCCCUAAUCAUCAACCUUAAGCUGUGAAAUGACCAGUCAGUCAGAAUAUUGAGGUUUAUAAGACUUAAAACCUGGAGUACUAUAAUAAUACAUGGUAAUAUACGAGUUUCCCACCCUGGGCGUGACGUCAGAAAAAGAUAAGGCUGAAGACACCGGUUUGUUUCUGGGUUAAUUCACCUCCCUUGCACUUUCUCGUGAAAACUCCUGACUUUGCUCCCUUGAACCCAGCUGAAAUACGAAACACCUCUUCCCUCUGUUUGCUGUCAUCAGAUUUUAAUGUGUCAUGGAGGAUUCAUGCGGCUGUAACAUUUGACUCUUACAGACGAACAGCUCUUCUGAAAGGCCAUCUUACCUAUCUUUAUUCCCCCAAAAGACUCAAAUGUUUUUAUAUUUGAAUUUUAUCUCCUCAUCCUGAAUCUUCCAAUCAAGUGCUGAUGGAAAUGAUGUAAACCCUCUUACCCAUGUUUCUAUUUUUAUCCCUCUUCAGCAUAGGCCUGUAAAAAUUUAAUUUGUACUCAGGCAUAACAAAAAAGCCCAGUGUCUGAGUGUGAGUCUAGCACCUAAAUCUUUAUUGAGGUCUAAAGAUAUUUUGCUGUUUUAUUCUGUUAGGACAGAAGUUCAGAGUCAUAAUUUGACCACUGAGUGGGAUCAUUUUGGGCUUGAACAGACACUUCUUUCUCCUCAGGACCAUGGCCUGAUUCAAGUUUCUGUGUUUGUUCUUGUUCAUUCAGGUGAUAAAUGGGCUGAUGGAGCGGGAGGACUGGCAAGAGGCCAUCCAGACCCCUUUGGGGAUUCUACCAGGUGGCUCAGGCAACGCCCUGGCGGCCUCUGUCCACCACUAUUCACAGUGAGUCAGUCCAUUAAUGAGUCAUUUAAAUGCAUGAACCAACAGUCGCGAGGAAGAGCAAAGGAGGACCUAAAAAAUGAACGAUUUAUCUCCUCUCGGUGUAAUUAUGGCAAAGGCUGACUGGGCACAUCAGUCCUCAGGAGGGAGCAGAGACAGCGGAGCAGACUGGAACUGCUUAGCUGUGCCGCAGAGGUCAUUUCAGGUGGCUGAUAACCCUCAAAGGAAUGAUGUAAUGGGUUUAGAAACGCACACAUUAUGAGUGAUUAUGGUCCACAGUGCAGCUGCAGAACCCGUGGACCCAGCUUCUGAACAAGGUGUUAUCCCCACCUGCUGGAAAGGUGCAGAUAGGACAUUAAAGUAAAGAAACUAUUAGACAAGUUUUCACCAUGAAAAGAUCCAUGCACAGAAAAAAUAAGCUUUUAUUUCAGAGGUUUGUGGUCAUUUAUCCGCGGGCUCCCUGCCAGCCUUAGUUCUUGCUUGCCUCCGCAUGAAAUUAGUGAAAUUGUCUUUUUUGAUUUUCUUUUUUUGUCUUACUUUUUUGACUAUGUGGAGGAGUUCGAAUAUCUCAGGAUCUUGUUCAUUAGUGAGGGUAGGAUGGAGCGGAAGAUCGACAGGCAGAUCGGAGUCGUCUGAGGUGAUGCGGACGUUUAACCGAUGUGUCGUGGUGAAGAAAGAGCUGAGCAGUAAGGCGAGAAUAUCGAUUUACCAGUUGAUCUGUGUGUCGACCCUCACCUAUGGUCAUAAAUUGUGGGUAAUGACUGAAAGAACGAGAUCGUGGAUACAAGCGGCCGAAAUGGGUUUCCUUCGCAGGGUGGCUGGUCUCAGCCGUAGAGAUAGGGUAGGGUGCUCAGGCACUUGGAGGCACUCAGAGUAGAGGCGCUGCUCCUCCACAUCGAGAGGAGUCAGCUGAGGUGGUUUGGGCAUCUGGUUAGGAUGCCUUCCCGUUAGAGGUCUUUCGGACAUGUCCCACCCGGAGGAGACGUCGUGGCCGGCCCAGGACCAGGUGAAGGGAUUAUAUCUCUCGCCUGGCCUGGGAGCGCCUGGGAAUCCCCCCGGAGGAGCUGGUGGAAGUGGCUGGGGUGAGGGCCGUCUGGACUUCCCUCCUGAAGCUGCUGCCCCCACGACCCGGACCCUGAUUAGCGGAAGAAAACGAAAAAACUAAAACAGUCAUAAAAAUUGAUCCCUUGCCAACCAGAUUAUGGGCUAAUCACAGAAGCCAUGUCCUAAUAUUCAUGAUACUGAAAGCCCUCAUUAAAUGCAGUAUUGAAUCGUUCAGACCUGCAUUGCUUUGAUUGCUUGUAACCUGAUUAAUUUGUUUUACCAUCUCUCAGGUCACCUCCAGCGUGGAAUGAGGAGCUCCUCCUGAGCUGUGGCUUCAUGCUCUGUAAAGGUCUAGUAGGCUCCAUGGACCUGGUGUCCGUCCACCUGGCCUCUCGGCAGCGCCUCUUCUCCUUCCUCUCCCUGGCCUGGGGCUUUGUUGCUGACGUCGACAUUGAGAGUGAGAAGUACCGCCACGUGGGGGCAAUCCGCUUCCUGAUGGGCACCUUGGUGCGCCUAGCUUCUCUCAGAACCUAUCAGGGCAGGUUAGCUUACCUGCCUGUAAAAGAGGCGCCCAAACCUCCAAAAGGGAGCAUCAAGGUCAACCAUCCUCCCACCUCGGCUCCUCAGCAGCCCUCGUUCUGCUCCUCUCUCCCCUGUCGACUCUUCCCCAACCUUUCGCCCAACCAGAACUCCCUCCAUAACCACAUUGGCACAAACUCCAACCACAACACCAUCACCAACUCCUCCAACAACGCCAUCACCACAAAGAGACCUGAGACUCAGGUUGAUGGCAAGACCAGAGAACCUGUGGACUCUCUGCUUCCUGGCUUGGACCAGCCCGUCCCAGAGAGCUGGACAGUGGUCGGGGAGGAGGACUUCGUCCUGGUGCUGGCGAUUUACCAAUCCCACCUCGCUGAAGACUUGUGGACAGCCCCCGGAGCGAUGGCAGACGACGGGGUGAUUCAUCUCUUUUAUGUGACUGCAGGGAUCUCUCGUCCCGCUCUACUGCGCCUUUUCCUCGCCAUGGAGAAAGGUGCCCACUUGGCGUGCGGCUGCCCCCACCUGGUGUACGAGCGGGUGAAGGCUCUGCGGCUGGAGCCCAUCUCAACACAAGGCAUGAUCACUGUAGACGGGGAGAUGGUGGAGUACGGGCCCGUCCAGGCUCAAAUCCACCCCGGCUUGGCCAGACUCAUAUGUGGAUAAACUUGGAUUAUCAUAAUCUUCAUUCUGGCUGUAGAGCUUUCUAGUUUGGCCUUUUAUACUCUGUGUCAAUCUCUGUGAAUAUGCUGUGUUUUUCAGAAGUGCCAAAGACAUUUUAUCAGCCUCUGGAAAUUCCUCUAUUUUUCUACUGAUACAACUUGUCCUAUUUUUACGCCCCCGCUUUUCUUUCUCCCCAAUGUUUCAUUCAGGGUCAAAACCGUGGAUGGUGUCCUUGCUGCUGGCUGGUCCCAGCUUAGAGAAACGGGGGAGGAGGGAUUUUGUGUUUGUGUGUAAGUGUGUGUGCAGAAGACAGAGGCAUCCUUAUGCAUGAUUGUGUGUGUAGACAUGUGUGUGUGUGUACAGUGCUGUGGCUGAAGAGUGCAUUGUGCACUCUGCUGUCUGACCUCAUAAGCAUGUCGCACGUGAAGAGAAGCACAUUCUCCCUGUCCUAGGAGGCUCCUGAAGUAGCCACGCCCCCUUAUCCGACUGUACUACACCGGGAUGGACAAUCUCCCCCCUUAGCAUCGCCUCCCCCUCAGCUUGAGCUAGAAGAGCUUUCUUACUGAGAAGUAGUAAAUCCCCCAGGGAUUUGAUGCAGAAAAAUCUUUAAUCUUUGCAUAGAUUACAUAAAAAAUCGAACAAUACCAGAUCCAGCCAGAGAAUUGAACCCCCGUGUUUUCUUCUCUGUGUGAAACUCUCUUCACCUGCUAGUGCAGCAAAGGCAAACCUCAUUUCCUUCCCUGUCUGUUCUCUCACUCCUACUUCAUCUACAACCACCAUCAGACUGUAGCAACGGCCUCCUCUCGAACAUAAAUACACACUUUCUCUUCCCCAUCCCCCCUCCUCCUCUCCUCCUCUCCCGGCUCCUCACUUGCCCUCAUACACACACUUUCUCUCGCAUCUCUGCAGCACUUAGCAAGGGGGAGGGGCACGGUCUACUACUGUGCAUAUGAUCCAUCCCCUCUCCUCUUGUUAUCUUAAGAUUGUACUCUCUCUCUCUCUCCUUCUCUCCCUCCUUUGCUUUGACGAGCCAUCAGCACCUAAUGUGUCCUUAAUAUGAAGCUUUAUGUCGUGCGAAAUAGAGGCAGAGAGGCUUUUUUUUUUCCUCUAAAGCUUUUAAGUGAGUUUCAGCGCUUAACACUUACAUGACAUGUCCAGGGCAGAGUUUCACACCAGGUCAGUCAGCGGUGCAAAGUGUGCAGCAUACGAUCAAUGAGAGCUGGAGGGAGUCAAGUGCUCUGCUCCCUUGUGUGGCCUUUUCUUGCUAACUGCUGGUGCUGCGGUGUUGGGAAUUAACAGAGCAGAGGGGAGUGCACACAUUAAUAUAGUCAUCAAUACCUCCAUGUAGCACACAAACACACCUUUAAGCAGCAGAACUGCAGCACAAACACAAGAGUAAGUUGCUUUUCUCGUCUCUAAAACCGGUCGGAUUCUUGGAUUAUGAGCAACAGCACAGUCAACAGAUAUCAUCUGUACUGUAUAAGCGGUACAAGCAAAAAAUACACCUCUAAUGCUGAUGUUGACAGGCUAAUGGGGUAUAUAAAUGCUGAAUAUAAACUUGCUAGUGUCUGAUGGGUACAUCUCUGUCAUCCUGAGUGCAAUACAGUCGAUGCAAUGAGCUGAUAACGCACAUUUUUGCUGAUAUUUUGGAAAGCAUUCAACUUGAGAAUAUGGAAGAAGCAUUCAAGUUAAAAAAAGUACAACUCUUAAUGGUCUGUCUGACAAUGAUCAGACUGUUAAGUCUGUACAUUUCUUUUUCUCACAUAAAAAAAGUUUUUUAAAUGACAAGAUCAGUUUUUUAAACCCAUCACGAUGGGUUGCAGGGGUGUGUCUAAGCCUUUUGACUAGGGUGGCCAUUCCCAUUACACAGGGUGGCCCAUGCCAAUUCUAAAAACCCAAUUUAGAUACGGCAUUGGAUGAAUGACAUACCAAAAACUAAUCAUGUUGUGGUAGAACAAUUUUUGCGUCCUAUAUAUGACUUAGUGGGUUUUCAUCAAGCAGAAAAUGGAGACAAUGCAGAUGUUUGUUUCAGAGUUUCUAAAGCUAAAGGCUAAAGGCUAAAGGCUAAAGGCUCUGGACUGAAAGUUAGUUUGAGCCAGCAUUUCCCAUGUGGCGCCUACCAUUAAUUUGCUUCAAAACUCCUAGCAAACAGACGGGUGAUAUCACCAGUAAUUUCACAGUCUAUGGUUUUUAGGAAAAAGGAUUUUCUUCUCCGUUCUUUAUUCGCAGUCAUUUAUUUUUAUAAUUGUAAAAAUUUGCUGUAGAAAUGUAAAAAAGCUGAUUCUUUUUGUCUGGCGCCCACUUCAUCACCCAAUAUUACUUGUAAACUCAGUCAGUCUUGUCCCUGAUGGUUUUGUAGGCCAUAAAGAGGUUUUAGUAUAGAUUUCAGUCUGUAAGCAGCUGAAAAUUUCUUACAGUAGCUUUAACUUGGGGCAAUUCUGAAACAUUUAUUACCCCAAAAUUGUAGCACUGUUACCCUAUUUUUUAGGACUUUAUUUCAACCAUAGUUCACCGUAAAUAAUGAAAAGCCUGCUCAGCUCACAAAGCUAUUUUCAGUACACACAUGGGAAAAUAAUGGAGGUUAUUCCAUUCAGCAUCGGGCCAUAAGGUCCAGAUGCUUUGCUUGUGGGGGACAGAUGUUAAUUAUCAGUCUCAGCAGAGGUGGAGCAGAAAAAUAUGCAUACAAGUCCCCCCUCCAGCUGUUUGUGCUACUUGACAAGAUCUCCCAGAGGCAGAUGCUAGCUAGCAUUAGCUUGCCAGCAGGGAAAGACAAACUGAAUAAUGUAGUUUCCACACACUGACUCCUACACCCUCUUGGUUUUAUCUCUCGUCCCCAAAAAUAAUGUGUCGUUCGGAAACGCUGCAGAGAUGGGUUCAAUUUUGCAUGUGGAAUUCAUUUUUAGUCUUUUCAUCUCAAAUGUAGCUGAAUUAAAAAAAGCAGAAUUAGCGAGAGGAAGCUAGUUAGCUUCAAGUCGAGUAGGGAUAGAACUUUUCAUUUGUUGAACAUUUGUUACACAGAGGUAGUCUGCUGUUUGGUUUGAAUGCUGAUGCAGUUUGUCUUUUUUUAAAUCAUAGCUCAAACAUAGUGCAAAUUUUUGAAAUUAGAUUUACAAAAAAAUUUAAAAAAGAGAGAAUCAAAUGAAUCAAUGUCUACUUUCCUGUAGUUUGCUGCUAUUAUGUGAUAAAUGAGAGCUGUGGUGAGUUAGUGAAAGUGGCAUACCACUGCAUAGAUAUUGAUUCGUUAGUCACUGAUCCACACGGUGUGAUACAUAGCUAGUAGAUUGUGUAGAGGAAGAAAUCAAUGAGAAAACAAAGACCACACAAAAGCAAGAUUUUGUUUUGUUUUUUGUCCGCGGGGGGAAAAUGUGGCUUUUUAUUCAAAGACAAAGUCAUGUGUUCCCCUCCUUUCCUUUGAACGUUUCUCAUUUUGCUCAGACAAUUAAAGGUUAAGAGGGCAGGUGGAAGUGAUGAGAUCAGGGUUUCGAAGUAAAAGCCAAAAAAAAGUGAUAAUCAACGUGAUAAUAUAAAGCAAACAUUAGUGUAUCUCAGACUAUGAAGUGAAAAGGUAGCAUGAUGCAAUAACAGUACUUUGGGGGACUCUGGUAGUCUCUUCUGUUACCAGUUCUUUAGAGGACAACAGGCUGAUACUUUAUGCUGUGCAACUAAAUAAUACAUGACGCACAUUAAACUAUCUCACGUCAACAUGUAAAUGGAUAAAAACCUUAUCCAGCUUGUGCAGGCCUCUAUUAUUCAUUUUACCCCUGAUGUUACCCUGCAUUUUAGAAUUUGUGUUUGAUAUCUGCUACUGUCUGCCAGCAGAAUUUCACAAUCUUAUUGGCUUUUAUUUUGAAAAAUCUCACUUCUGUAUGCCUUCUUACAGGCAUUUAACUGUCUGACCCAUAAACUGUAUAUAGAAUGGACAGAGUCUGCCUCCUCGCUGGGUGAAGCCACUCUGAAAACAGCGCCCUCUGUUGAUGGGCUGCAGUAUAGAUCCCAAAUCCCGCCUCCGCCAGCAAAGCUUAUGGGGCUGUGGACCAACUUUAGAAACUUAUUACACAGAAUAUAAAUUUUUCUUCACCCUUCUUACGGUGUUGACAUGUAGUUACUGUAAGACUGGUUUGUGCUCAAGUCCUCUUUUUCUGUGAAGCUCCAUUUUUAAAAGUUAUUAGGGGGUUCAUGUUUUCUAUGAUUGACACUUGAUACAGCCUACUGGCGUUCCUGAGAUUGCGUAGCUCACCCGGGGGAUACGCCGUUUGAGCCGAGCAUCAUCACAGCGAAUCUCGCCGACUCUUCCGCCGAAUGCGCGCAUCGCUACUGUGCAGCACCAGUUUCAGGAAAUGAAGAAAAAAUCCAGAAAUACGGAGAGCUUUUUGGCUUCAAAUCCGUAUACAGGCAGGAGGCAAAGCCAAGUUGUCCAUGGUAUAUACAGUCUAUGGUCUGACCAAAAUGAGAAGUGAUAAAAGGAAUAUGGAGAAAUCCAGCACUGGAGCAAAAACUUACUUGGCAAGUGACUUUAAUUUUGGUUUUCUGUUUAAAACGAUAACAGGGGGAAAGUACGUGACUUCAAAUUUGUUUUCAAAACCAUAAAAGAAAAUUGCCCUAACAAGCCCUGUUAGAAAUUCAGUUCAAAAUGAUAAAUAGAAAGACCAAGAUUUAUUUGAUUUAGAUUGUAAAAUGCUUUUUUAUUUCUAGUUUUGAAACCAAAAAUAAAAUAACUUUGGUUUCCAGAUCAAAACUGAAAAACACAUUAUCCAAUGGUACCCUGACCCUGGAACACAGCAGUACAACAUAUUUACAGCAUUUGAGCUGCCUAUCCUUGUCAUGUCACAUAACACACCAUUUUUGGAGCCACUUUAUCUUUUCUUAAAAACUUACUCUUUCUUCUCUCUUUUUUUUUUCUUUAACAAAAUAAGUCUCAUAAUACAAACCAGGGAUGCAAAUUCAUAACCUAACCCCUUUCUGGCAAUCCAUGAACACAUUUUGUACAAUCUUUUAUUUCAAGUUGACCUCUUUCAUACAUCAUCCUCGCUGCAGUGCCAAUUCUUGCCUAUACCAUGAUUCUUCAUAUUUACAUAAACUGUGUAAAAAACCCAUAUACCAUACCUUCUUACAUAAGUUUAUCCUCAGUGAAGCUUUCCAGGUGCUUUGAAUGCAUUACCAUGUUCUCUACAUGCACUGUUCAUGCCUAAAUGCAUCAAGUACAUCUCAUAACUGUAGACAUAAGCUAUGCAAACGCCUUGUCAUGGCUGCAGAUAACUGGAAUGAGGGGUCCCUCUGCUGGAGGAACAGUACGUAGCUUUUUCUUUCUUUCUUUCUUUUUUUUUUUCAAACAAAAAUACAUGCUGGCUAUACAAUACAACCCCAUCAUACACCACCUCUUUUAAUUUUUUAUUUUUUAUUUUCCUUUAACAGUAAUUACAGAUGCAGGAGAUGCCAAAAUCCAGCUUAUUGUAAUUUCUUAUCUCAGAAACUGACCUGUUAUUUCAAUAGACCAUGCUGCAAAUUAUUAUCAAUAUAAACAUCUUGGUGCAGGAUGUUGAUUCUCUACUGUUGACUUAUGGUACUGUACUGUUAAAAUGUUUUUUUUCCACUUGCUGCAUUUUCAAAAACGCUCAAAUGUUAAUUCUUGUCUCCUCCCAUAGAUGUCAUUGCGUAGAUGUCAGAGACUUUUAUCACAGAGUAGAGACUAACCUGUCUGAGGCAGGACCCAAUCAUUGAUGUGUUAUCUACUUUACUCUGAAUAUCUGUAGUCGUCUUUGCUUCUAUCGGAUCCACACUUGUCUAAAGUGUGAAAUGAUUUACAGACAUUAUUUUGUUGUUAUUAUGCUGUUAUAACUCUGGGGUGCAGUAGAUCAGGGGAUCCAUGAAUUACGAAUGUGAUAGAAAUGAUGUAUCUGGGUUGUUGUUGUUUUUUUUACACAUGUGCCACGGUUUGCAGCUUUUUUAUUUCAAACAAAUGGUGAAAAAUGUUUUUCCGGAAAGUGCCUUAGCCAUUUGUGAGACAAGAGGCAGGUGAUGUAUAGAAACAAACUCUCAACUACAUGAGACUCUCACAUUUUAGCGUUAUGGCGGAUAAUUGUUAAUCAUGAGCGUUACAUUCGGUCUGCUCAAGGGUACAUUACAAACACUAAAAAGUUUACUUAUGACUCGGUUGUAGGCUGUAUGAUUGGUAAAGCUCUGUGUAAGAGGGGUCAACUAAAUUCAGUGUUUAACAUCCACAUGAGGUUGUUAGAUUCACUGAUCUUGCUGAUGACAACUAGGUACCCAUGAUCUCUUUUUAUUUUGAUUUAAGUCUUGGUAGACUGUUUUUUCUAAAGACCAAUAAACCUGUUCAUAAAGAAUAAGAUGCUUCCUUUUCCUUUUUUUAACUUAACUUGGUUUGAGAAGAAAUUAAUUAGGGGUACUAUGGGAUAUCAUUUACUCAUAUACAGCAGCUACAGUCCCGGUCAAGACACUACAUCUCACUCUUGAUGUAAAAACAGACAAGAACUUAAAAUUUGACAUGAAAAUGACUUAAAUGAUGUAUAAGACAACAAAAGAUACAAUAUUUGAUGUCUGACAGAAUAUCAAAUAUUCCGUUUAUAAAUGUAUGUAUUAAUAAGAAUAUGUCAUUGUGUUCCUUUGAGUGAGAACACACCGAGACAAGGUGUUCAGGUAUGUCAGAGUACGACGCCUUUUAAGUUUUACAGCUGCUUUUUAUGCCUUGAGUAACAGACAGUAUGAAAGGAAAAAAUUCAACCACCAAAUCAGAUUCAUUUUCCAGAUAAGCAUUUUUAACUAUUCCGAUUACAUGUAAUCUGAAUGAAUAUAAUCCAAGAAUUUAGAAAAAAGGGAUCUGAUUACUUGUGGUCUGAGCACUUUAAAAAUAUAAUCUAAUUACUCAGUAUGUGAGUGUUUUAAAAAAUUUAUCAGAUUACUUAUAAUCUGAGUACACUGAUGAAAUAAAUUAGAUAGUUUGUAAUCCCAGCACUUGGGAAUAGCAUUCUCUUAUAUCUAAUUAAAUUAGUAAAAAAAUAAUAUUUUAUUACAUGUAAUCUGAUUACAUAUAUUACAAGAACUUGGAAAAUAGUAUUCUAAUUAUUUUUAAUCUGAGUACUUUAAAAACAAAUCUGAUUACUCAGAAUCAAAGUAUUUGGAGAAAUAAAAAAGUGAUCUGGAGGAAGUAACCUGAAUAUUUAUAAUCAGAUCAAUUGACUUUUUUCAAGUAAUCUGAUUGCACUUGGUCAAAUUACGUGAAAAGUCUUCUAACUGCAUGUAAUUUGAUUAAUUUUGGUGAAAAAAGAUGACAUUUAUUUGUUAAUUUUGUUCUUUUGUUUACUUUGGGGGAAAAGGUCUUAGAGAUACAAAAGAUUUGAUGCCCCACAACAGAAGGAUUUCAUGAUAUUUCAUCAAUCCGACUUUCAAAACACUUAUCAUUAUGUGAGCUAACAUGUAUCAGUGUAUUUUAAAGUGACUGUGAAUUCUGAAGUCACAAGUUUAGUAGUAGGGGAAGGAGAAGGAUUUAUAUCCUGUAUUGAAAGCCGA